CCAUGAAGAGGAACUCAGACAGCUCUUACCUCAUGAUACAAGAGCCGGCUGGCAAAACAGAAGGGACCCGAAAGCUCCCAUCAGAUCUCCUGCCUGCAUUGAGGACCCUGAACAUUUAAAUAUGAAUGAAUGACAGAAAAGAAUGGUUCUGGAUUCUGUCAGGCAGAACAGCCAGCUGGCUCAGUCAGCCCUUCAACCCCAGGCCCCUGUCCCUUGAGCUGUGCUACCUGUUUGAGGACCUCCCUCAACCCUACUUCAGGACCAGAGAAUUUGCUGAAGAGGAGAAGGAAAAAAAAGUAAACAACAACAACAACACAACAACAACAACAACAACAACAAAACCUGUGCGUGAGGGGGGAGGAGAAUCAGGGCCUUUAAAGAAGGCAGUCACAGCGACAUUGGCUACCAGGAUGCCCUUGCUUUGGCUGAGAGGAUUUCUGUUGGCAAGUUGCUGGAUUAUAGUGAGGAGUUCCCCCACCCCAGGAUCCGAGGGGCACGGCGCAGCCCCGGACUGUCCGUCCUGUGCGCUGGCUACCCUCCCCAAGGAUGGACCCAACUCUCAGCCAGAGAUGGUGGAAGCAGUCAAGAAGCACAUCUUAAACAUGCUGCACUUGAAGAAGAGACCCGAUGUCACUCAGCCGGUGCCCAAGGCAGCGCUCCUGAACGCCAUCAGAAAGCUCCAUGUGGGUAAAGUGGGGGAGAACGGGUACGUGGAGAUAGAGGACGACAUUGGCAGGAGGGCAGAAAUGAAUGAACUCAUGGAGCAGACCUCAGAGAUCAUCACCUUCGCCGAGUCAGGCACAGCCAGGAAGACACUGCACUUUGAGAUUUCCAAGGAAGGCAGUGAUCUGGCCGUAGUGGAGCGUGCAGAAGUCUGGCUUUUCCUGAAAGUCCCCAAGGCCAACAGGACCAGGACCAAAGUCACUAUCCGCCUAUUUCAACAGCAGAAGCAUCCACAGGGCAGCUUGGACAUGGGGGAUGAGGCCGAGGAAGUGGGCUUAAAGGGGGAGAGGAGUGAACUGUUGCUAUCAGAGAAGGUGGUGGAUGCCCGGAAGAGCACUUGGCACAUCUUUCCUGUGUCUAGCAGCAUCCAGCGCCUGCUGGACCAGGGCAAGAGCUCCCUGGAUGUGCGGAUUGCCUGUGAGCAGUGUCAGGAGAGUGGUGCCAGCCUAGUGCUCCUGGGCAAGAAGAAGAAGAAAGAAGGGGAGGGAGAUGGGAAAAAGAAGGAUGGAAGUGACGGAGGUGUGGAAGAGGAGAAGGAACAGUCACACAGGCCUUUCCUCAUGCUGCAGGCUCGGCAGUCUGAAGACCAUCCUCACCGCAGGCGACGGAGGGGCUUGGAGUGCGACGGCAAGGUCAACAUCUGCUGUAAGAAACAGUUCUUUGUCAGCUUCAAGGACAUUGGUUGGAAUGACUGGAUCAUUGCUCCCUCUGGCUAUCAUGCCAACUACUGUGAGGGUGAGUGCCCAAGUCACAUAGCAGGCACUUCUGGGUCCUCGCUUUCCUUUCAUUCGACAGUCAUCAACCACUAUCGCAUGCGAGGUCACAGCCCCUUCGCCAACCUUAAGUCGUGCUGUGUGCCCACCAAGCUGAGACCCAUGUCUAUGCUGUACUAUGAUGAUGGUCAAAACAUCAUCAAAAAGGACAUUCAGAACAUGAUUGUGGAGGAGUGUGGCUGCUCCUAGAGCUGCCCGGCCCCAGAGAGAAGGAGCUAGAGUUGUCCAGAGAAGACAGUGGCAAAAUGAAGAAAAAUUUAAGGUUUCUGAGUUAAACAAAGCAACCAGAAAAAUAGAAAUAAAAAACCCACAAAAACAAAAACUAAACUGAAAACAAAACCUGAUGAAACAGAUGAAGGAAGAUGUGGAAACAAUCCUUAGCUAGGGCUCAGAGAUGAAGCAGGGAAGGAGACAGGGAUUGGGAGGGAAAGAGAGAAUGCUGUACCCUUUAUUUCUUCCAAAACCAAACUGAUCACAUCAGUUUUAUCCAAACUGGGGUAUUGUCCUCUCUCCUGCCUCUUGCGGUUCCCUUGUGAGCCUUGAAGUCUACUUGUCUAUUCUGCAGUAAUGUGGGCUAGCACAACCCAAAUAAUGUCUAGAAAGCCAUGAGUUUUAAAGGGCCAGUCCCACCCAGUUACCCAGGUCAUAAGUAUGUCUAUGUGACACUAUCUCUGUGUAUAUCAGCACACACACACACACACACACACGCACACACACACAGAGGCAUUUACACAUAACACACACACAUACACAUACUGGUAAAAGAAUAAUUUUGUGCAGGUGGUCACAUUUUCUUUUCUGCACUACUUUUGCAACAAGACAAAACAAAACCAACAUAAAACAUUGAGAACAAGAAUGGGAAGAGUGAAAGAUCAAGGAAAAAAGAAUACCAAGUUACAUUUCGUUAAGGUGCUUAUGAUCUCAGAACUAUGCAACCUAAUAGGUUUGAAACUGUUUACCUGAGAGAGAACAAAAAGAGAGACUUUUUUGUAUUGGAAGUAACCUGAUUAAUUUUUAUUUUCUUCAAGGAGAGAUACUUGAAAGGAAUAUGUUUGUCCAUCUGUUGGAUCCAAACAUUUCUAUAUUUUGUAAAUGUUGUUUUUUUUAUCGUUUACUAUUUGCACUAUGAUGGUGUUUGACCUGUCUAAUCCUUAUUUAACAAGUAUUUUCUUUGGGUGGGGGUGGGGGUGGGGUUUAAGAGCUGCACUUAAUGUGAGCUAUAAAAGAACUGCUACAGCACACAAAAUAGCUAUUUUUAUUAUUAUAAUUAUAAUUAUUAUUAUUAUUUUGUACCUUAAAAAUAGACACAUACACCAAAGACGUUUGUGUGAGCCUUUAAACAGUCUGUCUGUGGUUGGUAUCAUUCACCAUCAAGGAGUCAGGGGUUGAGAUUCAAGGUUGAGCAAGGUAGAUUGUGUUCAGGCUUAACAGACCUGAGAAGUUUGGAUUUCAACUCUAUUUACAUCCAUGAAACAGGACACUUCAUACUGGAUGUACAGUAGUGUACACUGUUGGAUAACAAGUUCAAAUCCAUGAGACUACAUGCUUGUAUGUGUAUAUAUACAUUGCUUGUGCAUAUGCAUACCUGUGUGUAUAUAUACAUGUAUGUACCAUGUCCAUACACAUUUUAAGCACUUCAGGCUGUCAUUUUUUAAUGUUCUUAAAGCAAUGAAUGUUUGUGUGCAAAACACAGUAUUUUUAAGAAGGAUAAGUGAUAGUUUUUUUUUGUUUUGUUUUUUUUUUUUUUUGCUUUUACUCUGUAUUAGGUGGGUACAUUUCAAAAAUUUGAAUGGGAAAAAGCCUGAAAAUUCCAGUGAAUAUUCAGUGAGGCCCUCUUUAAAUGUACAAGAAUGAAACUACCCCCUCUUUCUUACCCCUGCUCCCUACAAGUUAUCCCCUGUGGGGAAAACAGGAUAUUAAUCAAAACUGUGGGCUGAUUUUUUCACCUUAUAUUUAUUAUUUAUUGGAAUCAAUCUUAAAUCAGAAACUUUUUCGGAAAAAAAAUAUCUUUAGGCUAGAAUGAAAGUUUUUUUUUUUCUUAAAAAAAAAACAACAAAAAACAAUUCAGGCCUAAUUGUGAGAGAUAUUACCUGCAUCAGCUGGGCGUCAUAGUGCUGUUACUAGUUAACUGAUACAGUUUAGAGGAAAGUAUUUAAGACAGUGGGAGUUUAUAUGAAUUAGGAGUCAGGGAUGAGGGUAGUUGUACAAAUCUCUAAUAUUUUAUUUUACAGCCAAAACUCUUAAUGUGUAAGUUUGUAUGUAUUAUUCAGAUGCAAAACAGAAAAAUUGUCUUAUAAAUAUCAAAGUAUAUGCUUAAAGCUAAGUUUCUAAUUUAUUCCAGUGUUUUGCUUGUCUAAAACAGCUAAUAAAUUAUUCAUCUAUGUCUUUAAAAUACAGAGCCUUAUUUUUACUGACUUGUUUGAAGUUUGAGAAACUUUAUAAAAAUUUAACCUAAAACAAUCUAAUUGAGAAGUAUAUUCCUCAGUAUUUUAUAAAAUAUUGACUUUUAGCAUUAAAUCAAUUCAUAGAUUAAAAUAAUUAUAGGAAAAUGAAAUAUAAGUGAGGAACUAAAUAUUACAAAAGGUGGUCCAGCUCUUUAAAAAUUAUACCAAGUCAGUAGACUAUAAUAUUAGGCUGUAUGUAGGCAAACUACUUUAGCCUUAUUACUGGACAAACUUACUUACUGUGUUCUAGGGACCCUCCCCGUCUUACACAGGAAAUGCAUGUCCUGUGUAAGAAGAAAAUUAUAAUUAAUGUCCAUUGACUUUGGAGAUCUUGCAUGUGGGGAAGGAUGGACGGUGAGGACAAAGAGGGAGGAACAGAUGGCCACAUUCAACUUUGCCAAUUUUCAUGAGAAACUUUAGGGCUCUUUGAACUGUUUCUUUGGUACUGGAACUAAUUCUGGGGCUUAUAGAAAUAGGUGAGGUGUGUCAUAGUGGAGGCAGACAAGACCAAGGAAAGAGCAGAAAGUUGCAAAACAGCUAACUAUGGUUUCCAUUCAUCUGCGAAGAAUCUGCAAUCUUUGUAAGAACUUUCAAUUUUAGAUGUAUUGGGGCUAAGAUGAGGUUUGAAUAGUGACCAUAGCAACUAGAUCUAGAAUGAAAUGAAACUCUAUAUGACAGUGUUUUAAUUGGAUAUCAAGUGAUUUGAUUGUCACAUACCCACAUAUGUACAUGGCCUUGCAAUAGAAUUUCAACUGCUAACAUCUUUAACAAUAUGAGGUAUUGUUUUGCUGUAUUUAACAAUUUUAAAAGAUUCAUAGUCUUGUGAACAAUUGGUCUUUUCACAUAGCCACUUAGACUAAAAUAAAAAGCUUUAACAUCCUAACAUCUUAGUUUCCUCAUAGUAUGUUUUACCCAACAUGACAGUGGCUCAUCUUGGCCCUGUUCUUUCUCUAGGCUAAUCUCUUGAUUCUUAAAUACCUGCCUACACUAAUCCUAGAAGCUCCAAAGAACACAUGUCCUCAGUAUCUCAUUAACAUUUUUCUAAGCUGAAUUGACAUUUUUUUUCCAAAAAAGUAAGGCAAAUUCUGGCACACUGAGCUGGGAUUUUCUUAUCCUAAAAGACCAGCCAAUUCCAUGUUCAUUUAAGAUUGAUUCCACACUCCACUGGCAAGGAGAGUCCUUGUAUUUCCCUAAAAGUUAGAAUAAGCCAACUUGUUUCACAUUUGUAGGAUUGGUCUUUCAGCGGUGACUAAAAAACAGAUAAUAAAUAUGUCUCAGUUGUAUUCAACAUGCAUUCAAAUUAUCAUAUUCACUUGAAAAUAUGAUUUCCUGUGGGCCUUUUGUCAAUUUCUCUUUUAAAUGUAGAGAAAAAACUAGUCACCCCCAAAACCUGCACAAGUGGAACUUGUAGAUGUGGGCAGGAGGUUUGGGGAUGGACAUUGUAUGUGUUUAAAUUAAAUCCUGUAUCACUGAGAAGCCAUUGGAUGGUCAGAGAAAAUGAAUGCUUAGGUGCUGUUCAUGCCUUAUGAGCAGCAAACCACAUGUCUCUGCUAUAUUAUUUAUUUUUAUGCAUAAAGUGAUCAUUUCUUCUGUAUUAAUUUUUGAUGGGUUUUACGCUCUAUUUAAAUGCUUUGAAAAACAGUGCAUUGACAAUGGGUUGAUAUUUUUCUUUAAAAGAAAAAUAUAAUUAUGAAAGCCAAGAUAAUCUGAAGCCUGUUUUGUUUAGAAACUUUUUAUGUUCUGUGGUUGAUGUUGUUUGUUUGUUUUUAUUUUAUUUUGUGUUUUUUGCAUACUAUGUGCAGUUCUUUAACCAAUGUCUGUUUGGCUAAUGUAAUUAAAGUUGUUAAUUUAUAUGAGUGCAUUUCAACUAUGUCAAUGGUUUCUUAAUAUUUAUUGUGUAGAAGUACUGGUAAUUUUUAUUUACAUUAUGUUUAAAGAGAUAACAGUUUGAUAUGUUUUCAUGUGUUUAUAGCAGAAGUUAUUUAUUUCUAUUCCAUUCCAGCGGAUAUUUUGGUGUUUGCGAGGCAUGCAGUCAAUAUUUUGUACAGUUAGUAGGCAGUAUUCAGCAAUGCCUGACAGCUUCUUUGGCCU